AUGGCAGAGUCGGACUUCCCUACGACCAUCUUGACGUCUAAAGAGCCCGAGGAUGUGGCCAAUUUUCUCCCCCAUUCAUUGCACCUCAGCUCCGCUUUGAUUGAAAAGAAUUUGGUUGCCUGGUUCUCCAACUAUUCCAACAUGCUCAUAAGAUACAACCAAGACUUGAAUCUGUUGGUCUCAAAGGGUAGAGACUUUUUUGAAGGCACUGGCGGCGAAUUUGGUUCCGUGGAUAAGAUCUGGAACUGCGUGGCCUCUAAUGUCAUGUCGCAAAUGGCUGUCAACGACCUGUUGAUCAAAGCAAUCAGAAACGACAUCUUGACUCCGUUCAAUGCGGCGUUCAAGACGGACUUCAAGUACCCGGAGUUAAUUGUAAACUCUAAUGAGUUGUUAGAGAUGCAGCAUCAUUUGGGAGACUCCAAUGGCGCCUACAAUUGGAACGUCAAGGCGCCAGCAAUCUUGUCUAACUUUGAAAACUAUAAGCGUUACGAGAAGGACAUGUUGUUCGCAGGAUUCCUUAGCUACUUAAACACCUACAACUCCAAGACGUCCAAUGUGUUGUCUAAGAACGAAAACGCCGUCAAUUACAUCUUGAGGGAGUUCAGCGUGGACUCGGAAAUGGAAAAGUACACUAACUACAUGAUUCUGGCUAAGCCACCUGCUGCUACUCUUCCUCCACCACCACCUCCUCCACCUGCUGCUGAUAAGCAUAGCAGACAUGCCUCGUCUCGUGCAUCGGUGGUGUCUACACCUUCCGUUCUGAGCGGCGAGAAGAAGAAGUCGAAGUUGCGUUCGAAAAUGGGCUCCAUUCUUGGCCGCAAAAAGAAGAAUUCGCCCUUAAAGCACUCAGACACCAUCCCUGAGAACCAUUCGUUGGCCUCUGCACCUUCUAGACAACCCUCUAGGCAGGCAACUAGCGUAUCCACCAGUGAACCAGUCACUUCUGGCCCCGGUGCUUCUGCUUCUCAGAAUGCUUACGAACCCUCCCGAGGACUGGGUAUUGUAAACACCACUGGUGUGGCUGCUGGUGUUGGUGCUGCUGUCGGUGCUGGUGCUGCUUUAGCUGCUGGUCUGGCCACCAACUCUGACCAAAAAUCUCACGACCGGAGAUUCUCGGGAUUCCAGGGCUUGGACACUAAACCACUUCAGCCUUCGCAACCUGAUAUUUCAUCUUCAUCGAAUGGAGCAGGAAAGGAGAAGGACCUCCCUAAUCCUCUUGUUGCACAGCCAGACACCAAAGAGUCCCCGGAGAUUGUUCAAUCCAAUAUUGGUAGAUCUGCCGAAGAAGAUGCAAACCUUGUUAAAUACACCUCCUCGGACGAGGACAGCGAUGUCCCUACUGAUAGAGACGGCAACGCCAUCACUUUGCUUCAGGCCCAUAAUUUGGAUCAUCCACCUAAAUUAGACAAGUUGGAUACCGAUUCUGAUUUCCGCUCCAGAAACACGUCUUCUGGUAAAUAUAGUUUUGAGUAUGGCGAUGAGGAGAACUCUAUGUCUGCCAUGACACCAAAAUCGACUGCAGCUCCACAAUUUGGUCUUUCAGCUCCGUCGGCUACUCAGCCUGAGGUUUCUCUGCCUAUUUCAAAUGAAAUCGCAAACGCCCAAGCUACAAGCCCUGAGCCUAUUGUUACUCCAUCUGCCAAUUCUUCUCGUCCAGCACCACCUCCUCCACCGUCCAGAAAAGUACACAACAUUGUUUCCGACAGCCACGCUACCACCAGUCAAAGAGAUGUGAGCUCUCACACUCAACCUAACCUUAGCAGUGCUCGUGAACUGUUUGUCCAGCCUCAUUACACUGGUGGAAGAGCUUCAUUGAUAAGUCAAACCACAGGAAACUCUCUUUUCAAGCAAAAUGACUAUUUCAAGCACUUUGGAUCAACUGACGGUUUCGUCGCCGAUGGGUUGAACACGUCCGUGGCUGAAAUAGUCAAUGCCAACUUUCAAAGUGGGAAGCUUACGAAGGCUGUUGUCCUUGGAGAAAUUGCUUUUAACUAUAACUCUUCCGAGCCACUUGAUUCUUACGAUGUUUUUAUUCCUACCAAGUUUACUAAAUUUUUGUUGAACGAUAAGCUCUUGCAACAAACCGGUGAAGGUCUGUACAAGUUGGAUAUUCCACAAAUACAAUCUAAGACCUUAGGUGGUGUGAAAUAUAUGAAGGACUUGAACCAGCAGGACCUUCCACUUCUUAUUAAGCAAGUAUGGAGGUUUGAGCCUCACCAGGCCAGUCUCAUCAUCAAAUUGAGUUUAAAUCCCUCUUACAACAAAUCGGUGGAAUUUGAGAAUGUGGCUAUUUCAGCUACCCUAGAUAGCUCUGUGACUUCCACAAGCGCAUCUUCGAAACCGGAAGGAACUUUCAACAAAGAUUCAAACCGAAUCUCAUGGAAAUACACUAAGCCGUUAGUGCUUAGCCCACAAGCUCCAGAAUUAAAAUUAAUUGCAAGAAUUUUGACCGAUGGCGAGGCUAAAGAGGCUGCUUCUGGAGUGCAAGUGAAGUUCUCCAUCAGCAGUCCGCCAGUUCCAUUCACUGAAAUCUUGGACUCCCAAGGAGCUGCUGUGCCUAGCGUAAGAAGCUUGAGUACUGGUAAUUACAGCUCGCACAUGUGA